UUCCACAUCCUUUCGUCUCAUACCUCACAAUGGCUUUCAAGUUCGUUAUCCUCGCCUGCUUCGUUGCGGCUGCAAGUGCUGGGCUCCUGCCAGCUGCCCCCAUUGCGUACUCCGCUGGACCGGUAUACCAUGCCCCAACAGCGUACCACGCCGCCCCAGUAGCUGUCGCCAAGGUCGCCGCCGUCGAGGAGUACGACGCUCACCCUCAGUACAGCUUCGCCUACGACGUGCAGGACGGCCUCACCGGCGACUCCAAGAGCCAGCACGAGAGCCGCGACGGCGACGUGGUCCAAGGGUCCUACUCCGUGGUGGACCCCGACGGCACCAAGCGCACCGUGGACUACACCGCGGACCCACACAACGGUUUCAACGCCGUCGUUCACAGAGAACCCUUAGGUGUUAAAGCUGUUGCCCCAGUCGCUAAGAUUGCCCCACUCACAUACGCCGCUGCCCCAGUGGUCCACUCUGCCCCAGUCGUCCACGGAGCCCACUACGUCCACGCUGCGCCCGUCGCCUACUCCGCCCCAACCUACUACCACUAAAUACCAAAUAAUAAAAGUAGCUUUAAUACUUUGUUACCUUGUUGUAAUGUGGAGUAUUGUAUGUUUUUGUGUAAGAUACGAUUAAAUUAUUAUUUCCAUUA